GUAAACUUCAGCUUAUAUUGUAAUAUAUACAUCAUGGAGUAUCCGUACUUAUAGAAAAUAUUUUCGGUUAGUUUUGUGCUCUUUAUGUAAACAUUCAAAAUUUCGUAAGUAAAUUUUCUAUUCACAAUAGAAAGUACGUGUUCACAAGUUGUUUAUUACGCAAGCCAUUAUUUAUUGUGACUAACACAUAAUUAUGAAUUGUCGUUUUUUUGACAGUUAAUGCAUUUAUAAAAGCAUGCAAAGUGUUACGGCAUGUCAGCUGGAUAUUCGGCCAAAUUAAUUUUAUUAAAAAUGAUUUGUAUAAAUAGGAUGAACUUGUGUUUACUUCGGCAACUAUCAGUUAAGUGUUGCAACAAAGGACAGAGCAAAUGGAUAUCAACAAUAUCCUAUAACAAUAUAUUUUUUUGGCCACAUUUCAAAUCAAGAACCAAGUUCAAUACAUCCUUAGCUGCACAACAAACAAGAUUGUUACACCACUCCAACUGGCUGAAUGCUAAAGACUAUUACCAAACUUUAGGUGUUGCAAAAAAUGCAUCUGCUAAAGAUAUUAAAAAGGCUUAUUAUCAACUUGCGAAAAAAUACCACCCGGACACGAAUAAAAACGACCCAGACGCUAGUAAAAAAUUUCAAGAAGUAUCAGAAGCAUAUGAAGUAUUGAGUGAUGACCAAAAACGUAGGGAAUAUGAUACAUAUGGACAGACUUCUGAAAAUAUGAGUCGGUCUGGUGCCGGAGGCUUUGGACCGCAGGGAUUUUCUCAGAGCUGGCAAUUUCGAUCAACAAUUGAUCCAGAAGAGCUUUUCCGAAAAAUAUUUGGAGAAGCUAAUUUCCGCACUAAUAGCUUCGAUGAAUUUGCAGACUCUCAAUAUGGUUUCGGUAGUGCGCAAGAAGUUGUAAUGGAUAUAACUUUUGCACAAGCCGCACGUGGAGUUAAUAAAGAUGUGAAUGUCAAUGUUGUUGAUACAUGCCCCAAAUGCAAUGGCUCCAAAUGUGAACCCGGUACAAAACCAGGCCGCUGUCAAUAUUGUAAUGGCACUGGAAUGGAAACAAUUUCGACUGGUCCAUUCGUUAUGCGUUCUACUUGUCGUUAUUGUCAAGGAACACGUCAAUUUAUUAAAUUUCCCUGUGCAGAAUGUGAAGGAAAAGGUCAAACAGUGCAACGCAAAAAGGUUACAGUUCCUGUACCAGCUGGUAUAGAAAACGGUCAAACAGUUCGCAUGCAAGUGGGACGCAAAGAGCUGUUUAUAACGUUUAGGGUUGAACAGAGUAAAUAUUUCAGACGAGAUGGCGCCGAUGUCCACACAGAUGCUAAUAUUUCCCUUGCCCAAGCAGUGCUUGGUGGUACAGUACGUAUACAAGGCGUAUAUGAAGAUCAAAUUAUUUAUAUUGAACCCGGUACUUCAUCUCAUCACAAAGUUUAUCUUAAAGGAAAAGGUCUCAAACGUGUUAAUACAAGCGGUUAUGGCAACCAUUACGUAAACAUAAAAAUUGAUGUCCCUAAGAAGUUAACCCAAGAACAGAAAAAAUUAAUUUUAGCCUAUGCAGAAUUGGAAAAAGACACACCCGGUCAAAUAAAUGGAGUUACACUGCAAACGGAUGGCACAAAAAAAGCGACGUAAUAUAUUAGCAGAAGUGAACAGUUCAAACGGAUUUCUAGCAAGGCUUAAAUCGUUGUUUAAUUAAUAAACUAAUUAUCAUCAAGAGCGCAAAAUAGAAAAUUGUUAUUGAUUCGUAGUUGCCUAGUGUUAAGAUAACAAUAAAUAAAUUUAAACGAAUUUGAUUCGCUCUUAAAUUUUAUUAUAUCACAACGGGUAUCGUCAGGAAUGUACAUUUUUUGUAUAAAAAUUGUUUUUGUUUCGGUUUAACUAAAUUUUACUUGAUUAAAUCGAAGUUGGGGAAAGAUUCCAAGAAUAAAAUAAAUAAGACAACCAUUAGA